AUCUUCCUUGUCGGGCAGAAUCAGUUUCUGUUGGGGAGGCCAGAGUUAAAAACCCUAAACCCCUCUCUUUUGGCAGCGACACAAACUCAAUUCUGAGUGAACCAUAAAAAAGCUUUAAUCUUCUCAUACUCCCAAUUCUCGUCUGUUCCCAAUAAUGGCUAUUUAUGUCACAUCUUUGAUGCCCUUUACUUCUCGUUCUCCAAUCUAUUAUUCUUCCUCUUCCCCUAUCCCUUGGGUUCCUCUCAGAUCCCACAAUUCCAAUUCCUUGUUGAAACAGAGUUUCGUUAGACGUGUGUUCAUCAGCUGCUCUUCGUCCUUGUCCCCGGACGCCGGUUCCUCUCCUGAUCCCGUCAACGGAAGUGGCUUAAAUGGGCAGUCUUCGUUUCCGUGCAUGUCUUCCUUUGGUGUGAACAUGAAUGAAUCCGGGUUAUCAAAACCGACGUUUAAAUGGCGAAGGGUGUUGCUUAAAGUCAGUGGAGAAGCUCUUGCUGGAGACCAUUUGCAAAAUAUUGAUCCAAAGGUUACAAUGGCCAUCGCAAGAGAAGUUGCAGAAGUGACACGGCUUGGGAUUGAGGUUGCCAUUGUGGUUGGAGGAGGAAACAUCUUCCGUGGAUCCUCUUGGGCCGGAAGCAGUGGCCUUGAGCGCUCAUCUGCUGAUUAUAUCGGGAUGCUGGCUACUGUGAUGAAUGCAAUUUUUCUUCAAGCAACAAUGGAGAGCAUUGGCAUUCCUACUCGUGUCCAAACUGCAUUUCGCAUGUCAGAAGUGGCAGAGCCUUACAUACGGAGACGGGCAGUUAGACACUUGGAGAAAGGAAGGGUCGUCAUAUUUGCAGCCGGGACAGGGAAUCCAUUUUUCACCACUGAUACUGCAGCAGCACUUCGGUGUGCUGAAAUUAAUGCUGAGGUUGUUCUGAAAGCGACAAAUGUGGAUGGAGUCUAUGACGAUGAUCCUAAAUGCAACCCAAAUGCUCGCCUUCUUGAUACGCUGACAUAUCAUGAAGUGACCUCGAAAGAUCUAUCGGUUAUGGACAUGACUGCUAUCACUUUGUGUCAAGAAAAUAACAUUCCCGUUGUGGUGUUCAACCUCUCAAAGCAGGGUAACAUCUCGAAAGCAAUAAAGGGAGAGAGGGUCGGCACAUUGAUCGGAGGAACAUGGAACUCAACCUUCGCAGCCACAUGAUGUUCAUGGUCACCACCAUCAUCAUCAUCAUCAAAGAGUUUUAGGUCGAGAAGGUGACAUCCGAGCAACAGAGCCCAUUCACUCUCUUAUAUGUUCUUGCUCUUGUACAUAAUUCUGUUAUUGCAGAAGUUAGUUACUUGUUGUAGGAGUUUGUCUGAAGAUUUUCUAGAUCUGGUUUUUUGACAGUUCCCACAAGCAAAACUAAGCAAUGGCGUGGCAUUUCUGUAGUUUCGGCAGUAUACAUAUUUUCACAUGUGAAGCACGUGUGGAUUUUA